AUGGUCGACAGCGGCGACGCCAUCCGGGGCCGCGACAAGCACCACGACGCGAGCCAGCAGGGCGACGCGAAGCGGCGGUGGCGCGACGCGUGCCUCUCGGCCGACGCGCGCGCGCCGUGCGAGGACGCGGGCCUCGAGGACGCGCUCCGGCUGCUCGCGCGGGGCCGCGCGCUCGUCGAGGCCGAGGAACCGGAGGAGUCCGAGGAGCCCGCGGCGAAGCGGUCGAGGCUCGGCGCGCACGCGCGCGCGUGCGGCGUCGACUUCACGGCCGAGGCCGCGUCGGAGCCCGACGCGGCGCCGGAGCCGCCGGCGGGCGGCUACCGCGUCGCGUUCUUCGACCCCAAGUUCACCUGGGUGCGCCUCAAGGCCCCCGGCGAGCAGACCGUGGAGCACGCGGACGUCUACCACUUUGAGCGCGAGACGGGCCUCUUCACCGGCGCCGUCGACGACGUCUCGCCCGCGCCGGAGGCGCCCGAGCCCGACGACGACGAGCCCUGCGCGGCCUGCGGCUCCGCCGACGACCCGGACCGGCUCCUGCUCUGCGACGAGUGCGACGCGGCGUACCACACGAGCUGCCUCGACCCGCCUCUCGAUUCGUCGCCGCCGGGCGACUGGUUCUGCCCCAAGUGCGCCGUGCGCCCGGCCAUGGGCACGGUCUGGCUCCCGCUCCAGGACGUGGACCACCGCAACGGCGGGCUCGUCGUCCUCCGGGGCAGCCACAAGGCGCUCGACUACGGCCCGGGCGCGUACCGCGACGCGCCGCUCCCGAAGACCUUCUUCAAGCGCGGCGGCUCGAAGCUCGACUGGCGCGCGGCGACCUUCGCGCCGGGCGACGUCGUCCUCUUCUCCGUCCACGCCAUCCACGCGACGCCGAAGAACCGGACGAAGGCGUUCCGCGCGUCCAUCGACACGCGCUUCCUCGUCGAGCCCGCGCCGGACCUCGCCGCGACCCGCCCGCGCAAGUGGGCGGCCUACGUCGCCAACGCGGUCCAGGACGACAAGGCGCGCCUCCUCGAGUAA